AUGGCGACCACCGCACCCCUCAGCACUAAAAGCAAGCUCGCCAGCGCGUCUCUCAAAAUCACUCCCUCCAACUCGCCAGUUCUUAGACCGGGGUCUCGAUCCCCAAGCAAAUCCUCUCAUCAAUCAACCCUCACUCUACAGACCGUUAUAGGUACUUCCACCACAACCCCGAACGGAUUCUCUAGCCAUGACCAGAGCAAGAGCUUCGCGCUGUGCGCAGGCUCCGCGGCCGUCCUCGCCGAACUCGAUGACGAUGCCAAUAUCACCCAACGAUUCUUUAGAGCUCGUCCCUCUGCUACCAGUGUGAAUCCGACAUCCUCCUUUUACAACCAAGGGACCCCUCCAUCUACACCGGACCCCCGAUCUCGGUCCUUAUCCCACAUUCGCUCCAACCCCCACCUCAAUGUACCCAAUGGGUCGCCAUCGAGUGAUGUCCCCGAUAAUAGCAGUCCCCGCGCGUGGUCUUCCAGAGAAAGAGUCAAGGCUGUCACCAGUGUCUCCAUCAGCCCCAAUGGACGCUUCUUAGCGGUGGGAGAGACCGGUUACAACCCUCGAGUUUUGAUCUUCUCAACCGCCAAAGACGCGUUGCCAGAUGUUCCGCUUUCCAUUCUUUCCGAGCACACAUUCGGCGUGCGCAGCAUAGCUUUCAGUCCUGAUUCUCAAUACCUAGCCACAUUAGGUACCAUGAAUGAUGGAUUUCUCUUGAUCUGGGCCAUCAACCUCAAGAACGGGUCGGCCAGGCUUCACUCUGCGAACAAAUGUACAUCAUUUGUUCGGGACAUGUGCUGGGUCGGCCAAUCGCUGGUUACGACCGGUGUACGUCAUGUGAAAGUGUGGAGGCUGCCAAUCCCCCAACGACCUGUCUCCCCCACAAAGUCUCGUCUGCACAUGGAUGGGUCUGCCCCGUCACCAAAUCCGGCCCCCAAAGCCCUAUCAGGAAGAAAUUGUUUGCUGGGGCCUUUAGGUGAUAAUACAUUCAGCUGUAUAUCCAGCAUCUCGGAUCAAGAAGCAGUGCUUGUCACUGAGUCUGGUGCGGUGUGUCUCCUCGAUGAUCGCGAAGGGUCGCAAAAGUUAUGUUUCGUGACCCAACUUGGAUUUGGCAUAAGCUCCCUCGCAGUUGAUUUCGAUCGAGAAUUGAUCUGGCUGGGUGGACGUGGAAAGAAGAUGCAAAAAGUAUCCUUCGACUCCCUCCGGUCAGCGCCUUCAUCAACAUCUAUGUCUCCUUCAAGAUCGGGAAAAGUCACACCAGCACCAGAUAAACAUAGCAAGGCCCCUGCAAUUACUUGUAUGGGCUCACUUAUCUCACAUCUAGUGACGGUUGAGGCAACCUGUGAAAUCAAUAUCUAUCCGAUGGAUUCUUUGCGCAAUGAAGGUGAGCAGGAGAAUGGGCAGACCUCCAUGCAAGCCCAUCGGGACCCGGUCCUUGGUAUUCGACGCCUGACAAAGCCAAACGAAUAUUCGGCGGACUUUUUUUCGUGGUCGCGGAAUGGUGCAGUCAAUUUCUGGGACGCCCCUGGCAAGUGCUUAUUGACACAAACUGUGGCCUUGGAGCAAGCAGCGGUCCCAGAGGAAGACAUUGCGAAUGAACUCAAAGUCUUGAGAGCCGCAGAAAAUGCAGAAUGGUUCGUAUCGGGCGACAAGUUUGGGGUACUCAAGCUCCUCUCCGCUAAACCAUGGGCGUGUGUUACUGAAGCACGUGCGCAUGGUGCUGAGAUCACCGACAUCGCCAUUCAUGCUACUCCCGAUUCUUGCUUGAUCGCUAGCUCUGGUCGAGAUCGAAUGGUGCAGCUUUUCCAGAAAACCGACAACACUCUCCGCCUGAUACAAACUAUGGAUGAACAUGUCGGUGCAGUGGGGCAGCUUCUAUUCAUGAACGAUGGUGAGAGGCUGCUGUCUAGCUCUGCAGACCGUACGGUUAUUGUACGGGAGCGUGCAACCCGAGAAGAGAGCGGUUCAACCUCAGUCGCCUAUCUCAUCUCUCGAGUCAUCACCUUGAAGGCAUCGCCCGUGUCCAUGGCGUUCUGCCCUGACGACCCCAAUACACUUUAUGUGUCAACAAUGGAUCGAAAUGUGUCUAAGUUUGACAUUCCUUCGGGGCGGCAGCUACACUGUUUCCGUGCCUCUGAUUCGGAAGCGAAUGACGCCGUGAUAAUGGGAUCCUUGACCAUUACCUCUGAGAUUCCAGGCCAGUCUCCAAAGCUACUCAUCGGGCUCUCCGGCACAGACAAGUCUAUCCGUGUGUACGACUUGGAAAAAGAUGUCUUGCUUACUGGAGAGUUUGGCCACACAGAGGGCGUAUGUGACGUUCUACUGCUGGAUGAAGGCGAUGACUCGGACAAAUCCACCAAGCGGACCUUGGUGUCCGCUGGCAUGGAUGGUAUCUUGAUGAUUUGGAACUUGUCUGUGCAGCCAUCUCCAUCUCCGGAUCUUGGAAAUGAGGACGAAGGUCCGACGAAGGAGAUGGCAGCCGCCAAGCCCCCUCUUCGCAAGGUCCUUUCGAGGAGCGAGUUAGCCGGCUUCCGACCUGAGAAUCCCCUGGGAACACCCACGCCGGUCCGCGAACUUUCUCCGACCUUAUCGAAGAAAUUGUCUAAGCUCUCCUUGACACCAUCAAACCUGAAGAACAAUUCCCUUGCAGAAACACCAUCGCCUCCUAACCGUCUCUCCCCUACUCCCUACGGAGUACAUCAAUCCCGCAGAUCACCUUCGCCAGUGAGCCCGAAGUCGAAACCGUCAGCUUCCAGGAAACCCAACACUACGAGGAACACAAAUCGCCGCACGUCCCUUGAUUUCCGAUCACGCACCAAGCAAUCGACUCGCAGCGAGUUUGGCAGCCUAGAACUGUCCACUGAGCAACUAUGCCGCACUCUUCGGACCUAUCGAAAGAAACUCAACAGCUCGUCUCAGCAAAUAGAAGCGCAGAAAGAGCUAGAACGUGAACUGAGCCUCACUCUUCGCGCUGUCAAUGCGCGGUCACUUACUAGUGACGAAAGUGCCGAAACAGAGACGGACAGUAGUGCUAAGGAUUUAGAUCGCAAGGCCAGUUUCUCCUCUACUUCGCCAAGAUCUCCUCACCGGGCUCGUCAUGCACCCUCAACCCCGUCACUGCGUCAGAGAAACCCGCCAAAGGGAUUCAGGAGCCAGUCUUACGAUGCAACUACUGAUGAAUAA